GGUGAAGAUAACAUGUAAACAAAUACAAACGUAGGUGGCUGUGCACCCUGCGACCCUCCCUGGGGGAGGGCUGCCGCCCCCAAAUCCCCGCCGAGGAAACAAAACCUCCACCAUGUAUUCACGGCAGGAUAGAGCGCACACGAACUAAAUGCGGAGCCAAUAACCUACAAUAACCUAGGAUUUUUAAGUGAGUGUACAGGGAUGGCUAAGCAGGGGCCAUUGCAGUUGACUCUGGCUCUCUUGAAGCCAGAUGUUACAAGAGUACCUCAUGUUGUGCAGGCAAUCCGAAGCAAAAUUCUAAGUGAAAAGUUCCUGGUGGUACGUCACAAGGAGGUCCGACUCAGCAGGCAAGACACGGAAAAGUUCUAUGGGGAACACCAGGGGAAAUUCUUCUAUAACAGACUCGUCACAUUCAUGGCAAGUGGACCAACUCAUGCUCUAGUUCUUGCCCGCGAGGAUGCCAUCAAACACUGGAGAACACUCAUGGGUCCCACCAAAGUGUACAAGACAAAGUACGAGGCACCAUACACUCUGCGUGGCUUGUAUGGGCUCACAGACACAAGAAACUCCACUCACGGUUCAGAUUCUCCAGAAACUGCCGCAAAAGAGAUGAAUUUCUUCUUCCCUGAAUUCAACUGGGAAGAGUGGUUAAAAAGCGAAGGAGAAGAGUUUAGAAAAGGUUUAAUCACUUUGGAUGAAGACAGUUUUAUACACAGAGUAUCUUUUGAAAAUAGAUUUAACAAUGAAAGUGUAAAGUAGAUCUGUAUAUAUUAGUUAUAUUUGAUUUUGUAUAUAAGCAAUACGUAAUGUAUUUCUUUCUUUAA